ACUGUUGUAUCCCACACGCAGUCGCCACCUCGACAUUGUUAUACCUAACAUAUCCCCACCUAACACACUUUCCCAAGGACACCAUGAAGAAAUCGCCGAGGACGAGUCGGGCGAAGGCCGAGCAGAAACAGAAGGUGGAGAACGAGUUGAAGUGCGUGAGCGACUUUGAGAGGACCUUGCUCCUGGACACGAUGCCCCGCCGGAUGGACACCUUCUGGAAGACGGACACCAGGCUGAGUGCGUCCAGGCUGAGUGGUCCUUGGAUGCUGCACCACUGCAACUUCAACAAGGGACUCGCCUUUUCACUAAAUGAAAGGCGGGUGCUGUCCAUCCACGGACUGCUGCCGGUGGCAGUGCGGACCAUUGAUCACCAGGUGGCCGCCUGUUCGCAGGUCCUCGAUCAGUUCACCACCGACAUGCAGAGGUACUUGUAUCUGGUCUACCUGUCGCGCAGAAAUAGGAGACUGUUCUACUAUAUAUUGCUCAGCGAUACCGAUCGCUUUAUGCCCUUGACGGACUCCACUGGUUCGGUGGAGUUGCUCACGAUCCACAGGAUGCUGCACUCCGUGGGCCAGGGAUUGUUCAUAACCAGCAAGGAUCUGGGUCAUGUGGCCCAAAUCCUGGCCAAUUGGCCGAUCCGCUGUGUUCGCUGCUUGCUGGUGAGCAAUGGAGCCUCUGUGCUGAGUCUCGGUGACUUGGGUGUGGACGAGAUGCCCGUCCUCUUCUCGAACAUUCAUCAUAAUGUGGUCUUUGGUGGCAUUCAUCCGGAUUUCUGUCUGGCCGUGAUGAUAGACGUGGGCACGAACAACGAGCAGCUGCUGGAGGAUCCCGCCUAUUCGGGUUUGAAGGAGCAUCGUGCCUCGGACGAACUGUACCACAAGUUGUUCGAGGAAUUCACUCUGGCGGUCAUCCAGCAAUACGGCUCACAUGCCCUGAUCCUGUGCAAGGACUUCGAGGCGCAGAACGCCAAGAAGCAGGUGGAGUUGUACCGCGCCCGCCAGUGCAUCGUGGACGUGGAUUUCCAGUGCAUGGCUGCAGUUGCUCUGGCCGGAGUCAUUGUAUGCGAUAAAUUGAAAAGGGUCUUCUUUUCGGCCAAUGUGUUCUUGUUCUACGGUGGCGAUGCCAUCAACAUUGGCAUGGCUCGAUUGUGCAAGGCUUUGCUGCGAAGGGAGGGCUUCAGUGAGAUGAAGGCCCGGGAGCGGAUUUGGUUUUGCGAUGCCAACGGAUUGAUAGUGAUGGACAGGCAGGACAUUCCCGAGGAGCUGCUUGAGUUUGCCCAGAUUCAUGAGCCCAUCUUCAGCCUAGUUGAGGCCAUUCAAGAGCUAAAACCCAAUGUCCUGGUGGGAGGAUCCUCGCAGCCGAACAGCUUUACGCCGGAUGUCCUGCGGGCGAUGGAGAAGAGCGCCUGUCAACCGGUCAUUUUUGCUCUAUCAAGACCUCAGGAACAGGCGGAGUGCACCGCUGAAGCGGCAUACUCCUACACCAAGGGACGUUGCAUCUUCAUCUCCGGAUCGAAGCUGCCGCCGCUGAAGUAUGGCAACAAGUGGUAUCAGCCGGGUCAUUGCACCAGUAGUUACCUAGUGGCCGGAAUAAGUUGCGGCGUGAUGUUGGCUGGAUUCUCGACCAUUCCGGAUGAGGCCUUCUGCGUCGCGGCCGAGCGUCUGGCCAGUCUGGUGUGGCCCUGUGACCUGGAGAUGCGGAACGUCUAUCCGCCGAUGAGGAAGAUCCAGUGCAUCAGCCUGCAAAUGGCCGAGGCCAUCUUCACGUACGCCUUUCGCCGGGGAUUGGCCACGCUGUGGCCACAGCCGGAAAACCCCAUGGAGUUCAUCAAGAGCUCGAUGUACGACUCGCAGUACCGCAUGAAUAUCGUGGACGUUUACUGCAUGCAAAACCGUAGUAUCGCCACCACCGAAUCCCACAAAUACUACCAGCUUAACAUCUAGGACCUGUACUUACUUUGGGGCCAUUAUUAAAUGGAGUGAACCAGA